UUUUUCUGUUCGUGCCGAGCUGGGUUUGUUCUUAGCAUAGACAGAAUGUCUUGUGUUGAUAUGAAUGAGUGCCUAGAAAACACCACCCUGUGCUUAUCUGGCAGCUGCAUGAAUACACUGGGGUCAUAUGUCUGCUCCUGCCCUGAUGGAUUUCAGUCAAUCAAUGGUGGAUGCUCAGUGAUUCCUAUUGAGACACAGACUGCAAGCUUAUUACAGGCAGUGCACAGUGACUGGAUGCCACUCAGGCCAACACCACCAAUGGCUACAAGCACUGAAACACCAACUACAGGUGCUUCCCAGACAGAACUGGUUAGUACC